AUUUUAGUAGUAAACCGUGUCGUGACACACAGUUCAUUUCAUCCGCGCACGUUAGCGUCUUCUACUUUUUGCUGCGUUGAAACUCAAAGUCGUUGUCUUCUUCUCGCACCACCAUAUAGAAGACAGUCUUUCUUUCUCUCUCUCUCUCUCACCUGCUCGAUAUAGCUCACAGGUACCCGCCGUUUCUCUCUGUAGAAUGACUAGCUCCGACUCCUCGCACGGACGGCGGAAUUCUAGCUCCAGUUCACGGACUAGCAUGCAGGACCGGAUUCCAUACUCGCCGGCGUUGAGCUCGGCCUACUCUGACACUUCCAGUGUUCGGAGCCGGAACUCCGUAGCCGAUGCAGCACGUUCUAUUGCAGGAGUCUUCGUUUCUUGCUUCACUCCGCCAGAGACGAAAAGCUCCAACAGUUUCGCUGACUCUGAGGAAUACAGAGCCCACUCUGUUACGUCGGAUGCUUCGGGAGCUGGUAGCGAGAGAAGACGCAGUUCGAAUAGGGGAAUUUAUGCUCAUUCAAAUAAUUCAACCCAUGAAAGAGAACCUGCUGGUGCUACCGAAAAACUUACCAUGGAAGGAAUCAACAGGGUCACGAGGAACUUCUCGCCAUCUUUCAAGAUAGGACAAGGUGGUUUUGGGACAGUUUACAAAGCGAAGCUUGCAGAUGGAACAACGGUUGCAAUCAAACGCGCUAAAAAGAGUGUAUAUGACAAGCAUUUGGGCGUUGAGUUUCAGAGUGAGAUCCGAACACUAGCACAGGUAGAACAUUUGAAUUUGGUUAAGUUUUAUGGAUUUUUGGAGCACGAAGAUGAAAGAAUUGUCGUUGUGGAAUAUGUUCCAAAUGGAACCCUUAGAGAACAUUUAGAUUGUGUUCAUGGAAACAUCCUUGACCUCGCCGCAAGACUUGAUAUAGCAAUAGACGUGGCCCAUGCAAUCACCUAUCUGCAUAUGUACACAGAUCACCCUAUCAUUCAUAGAGAUAUAAAGUCCUCAAAUAUUCUCCUUACGGAAAACUUUCGAGCCAAAGUGGCGGAUUUUGGGUUUGCUAGACUAGCAGCUGACACUGAUUCAGGUGCCACCCAUGUGUCCACCCAAGUAAAGGGAACUGCUGGCUACUUGGAUCCAGAGUACCUUCGAACCUAUCAGCUUACUGAGAAAAGUGAUGUCUACUCUUUUGGUGUGUUGUUAGUGGAGCUUGUCACAGGCAGGCGUCCCAUAGAGGCAAAACGGGAACUCAAGGAACGGAUAACUGUGAAAUGGGCCAUGAAGAAGUUUGAUGAUGGUGAUGCUCUUUCAGUAUUGGAUCCAAAGUUGGAACACUACGCAGGAAACAGCCUGGCUAUUGAAAAGCUUCUUGAACUAGCCUUACAAUGCUUGGCACCGCGCAGACAGAGUAGGCCUAGCAUGAGAAGGUGCGCUGAGAUCCUUUGGAGCAUCCGCAAAGAUUACAAAGAACUAAUGGGUUCAGAUUUCCGUUCAUUUUCAACUCGUUCCCAAAGGAGCUAGAGCAACAGUGUGCUUCCAAGAUAAAGUAUUUGUGUGUUAGGAUGCAACACCGAGCAGUGUGUGUCGAUUUCAAUUUGUUAGGGAACCCAGCUAUUUGUAACGAAUGGAUUGGUAGGGCUAAGAGGGGGGAGAGUGCAAGGAAUGCGGGUAGAAUUGUCUUCUCUAUAAAAACUUAGCUAGAGAUGAAUUCAGAUCCAUGUGCUAUAUUUUUCGUGAAUUUCAACAUGUUAUUCACAUUGGGUUGCUAUGUAUACUAAUAUAAUAAUUUGUGUAUUGUAUCUAUUGAAUAUUUGUUUCUUCAGCCAAAUAUAUUACAUUUAUAAUUAAUAUUAUUUGCUUCAAA